ACGCGGUGGGGCGCGAAGGACGAAACGAGCACCGGCAGCGGCAAGCAGUCCGGCCGCGGCCACAGCCACGGACAGCCAUGAAGGCAAUACUGGUGCUCCUGAGCGCAGUGAUCACAGCUGCAGUGGCCAGGCCUGGCUCGCUGGAGGCUGUCCAAGGAACCAUUCCAGACGCUGCAUCCUCAAAGGCGCCAACAGUGAAGACAAACAACAAUGCCAUCCAAGAGGCAAAUGUUGAUGGCAAGAACAUAGUUCGAAUCCUCAGAAGUCUCCACAACCCUGUACGAGGCACUUUCAAAACGUCCAGGCUCGCCAAUCCCAUGCCACCUGACAGUUUUCCCAUCAGUGACAGUAGCAAUGACUCCACCGGCACUCGGUUCGUUGACAAUCCCCACAUCGGUCUUCCUUUUGGAACCCUGUUGCCUCUACCUGAUCCUCUAAGUCGGUAUCAAGACUCACCAACUACUAACACUGCAGAUGCUUCAACUACAUUUAAAAUACGAAUAGACAGCCCUCAUGUUGGCCUUCCUGCUGACAGUCCCAUUUCUGAUUCACCUGCCAGUGCCACUAUUGUCAGCAGUCCUAUAACUAAUUUCCAGACUGAUACCUCAUCUGAAGGAGCCUUUGGCAGUUCCCUUUACAAUAUUCUUACUGAGGUUUCUUCGAAGGAUGAUGGUACUAACAAACUUUCGACUGGUAGUUCUCCUGCCAGCUUAACUGUCAACAGCGGUGCUGUCCAUUCCAGCAGCCAGCCCAAAAGUCAGUCUGUUGACGUCAGUCCAGAUCUCCCAGAUGCUUCUACUCCCAACAGUUUCCCCACUCAUAGUACCCUUGUUUUCUUCCCUGUCAGUAUCCCCACUUCAAAUGCUCCUAACACUGCUGGUUUACCUUUGAAAAGCGGCUCUGCUAAUUUUCCCACCAACAACGGCAAUACUGAUUUUCUUGUAAGUAAUCCCUUCAGCGAAUUCCUCGCCAAAACUGUCAGUCCCAAAUUCUUCUCUAAAAACCCGUUUUCGACUUUACCCUCCACUAGCAGCCAAGUAAAAUUUUUUCAGAGUCUCCCAGUCAACAGUGUCACAGGCAAUCCUCAAAGCCAUAUUCCCAUUAACACUGUCUCGUCUGGUUUCCUCAACAGUAGCCCCAAAACUUGUCCUCUGAAAAAUAUUGCUUUCCUUAUGAACAACCCUCCUCACAGCGUUCCUGCAAACAUUCCCACUUCCGUAGCUCCAGUAACUAGCCGCUCCAACAGUGUUCUAGUCAAUAGUGCCAGUGUACUCCUGUAUAGCGAUACUGUGCCACUUGGAAAUGUCGUCAACACGGCUCAAGGUCCUGUCUUCGUUGGCGGACCCUAGAAUUUCGCCAUUUUUCCACAACAGCCAUCACUGGAUGACAUCAGUCAGGUACUGGCAGCGCACAAGGCCCCGGGGGCAAACGCAGCCACUGCAGCUGCGGGCCCAACCUUCAGCAGCAUCUUCGUCGCUGGACAGCCAGUGAACCUCGACAACUCUCGUUCCCACUAGCAAGCACUUCUGUGGCUCUCCCCAGCUCUGCAGACGCCAACAAUGAGGCGGUAAUGUUCGCCUGCGACCAGCGAGCAAAGCCACUCUGCGGAAUACGGAAUACGCGCCUGAUGCCGUCACAGUAACAACGAUGGAGACGUGAAAGAACGACGUGGAAAACAUCUCUGUUAUAGUCAUGAUGAACAAAAUGUAUUUUACCUUUACUGUAAUGUCUAAUUUACAUGUGACAGAUUAUAUUUAUAUUAUUAUAUAUUA